CAAAUUUUAAAAUAUUUUAUUUUGGUUUUUAUUCGUUCUUUGUAGAUUGCAAUUUUUUAGGUGUUUAGCAUGUUUUUAUUGAUGCUUUAAGUACAAUUUCUAUUAAAAUAUAUUCUUCAAGACGAUAAAACACACGUCAUGUCCGAAAUAGACUACCAAUUAGCCUUGCUGUUGCAACACAAAUACGACCAGGAACGUCGGGAUUGCGAAGUCGCCAAAGCCCUCCAAGAAACCUUCGAAAACGAGCAAAAAACCCAACAAGAACCUAAUUUAAACGACUCCUCGAUCGCUCGAUCCCUACAAGAACAAUUCGAAAAGGAAAUCGAUGAACAGCAACCCAACCAUAAUUUAGUUUACUCGAAUACAUCAAGCAAAACCUCUGACAACACAUCUGCAUCACUUACUGACCCCUCCUGGGAGGUGGUAGAUCCCACUCCUGAUAUCCACAAUUUAUUCGUCGCCUUCAGCGAGAGGUUCUUCUGGAACCGACUGGGCUCGGUCACAGUGGGCUGGAGCAAACGGAUGACUUCGUGCGCCGGGGUGUGCACCUACCGAGGCAGAGGAGGCAUGUGCACCAUCGCUUUGAGCGAGCCCUUGCUGAAGCUGAGGCCGAGGAAGGACCUGGUGGAGACGUUGUUGCACGAGAUGAUCCACGCUUACCUGUUUGUGACCCAUAAUAACAGAGACAGGGACGGGCACGGUCCGGAGUUCCAGAAGCACAUGUGCCGGAUUAAUCAGGAAGCAGGAACAAACAUAACAAUCUAUCAUAGUUUUCACGACGAGGUAAGGCUGUAUCAGCAACACUGGUGGAGAUGUUCAGGUCCUUGUCAAAAUUGGAAACCCUAUUUUGGAACGGUUCGUCGCGUAAUGAACAGAGCUCCAGGACCUAAUGAUAAGUGGUGGGCCGAGCAUGCCCGAAACUGCGGAGGACAAUUCGUAAAGAUUAAAGAACCAGAAAAAUCUGUUAAGAAACCGGUGGAAGUAAAAAAGAAUUUACCUGACAUUAGAAAAUACUUUAAUACCUCGAAUAAUUCCACGACUGUUCCUCAUAGUUCGACCACAGUGAAUAAAACUCCAUCGACAUCUAGUAAUAUCGUCGGAUUUAGCGACAUCAACCGAAAAAACAAUACAUUCAUUAGAAAUAGUUCUAGUACAGUGGUGAUUAAUAAAACUUCUAAAGGUGGACCUAAAUCAAAUCUAAACAAAACUUCGAAACCGAGCGCCAUACAAGUACAAGAUAAGAUCAAGUCCACACCAUCAACGGAUAAUAAUCCAGAUUACAGUGUUGUGCGUAAUCAUUGGGCGAGCAAGUAUUCAACGAAUAAUUCUGGAAAUUCGGCUUCUUCAAAUCACCCUCAAUGCGCUGCAGAUGAAGUGUCAAUUCGACCGGGAAAACGUGUUAAAACGUCAACUUACGCGAAUUGCCCAUGUUGUGGUGUAGAGGUAGAUGAACUGUUGAUGAAUCAACAUUUAGAUGAAUGCCUUAAUAGUGUUAGUUGGGAAAAAGAGGAUGAGCCGUUAUGUGAGGAGACUCAUUGUGAUAAUUUAGGGUCAACAGUAAAGUGCUUGGUUUGUGAUAAAAAUAUCAGUAAAUCUGAUCUGAAGAAGCAUUUAGACCUUUGCGUUAACUUGAGUAAUAUUUUUGAUGUGGAUAACGAACCUGUAGAGACAGGGAAUUAUUAGUUGUAUUGUGAAGGCAAUUGAAGACCUUGAUGCAAGAAGAGGACAGCUCCAUGUUUCAAAUCUGUUCAGGAACAAGGGCUUUUCAGUAUCGUUCUUCCCCCGAAAUACAGACUGUUACAACUCCUUUAAUAUCUUAUUGGAUAUUAGUUGGAGCUGGUUCGUUCUUCCACACAAACAGAGAGAUUAUUUUUACUUUAAAUAUUCCAAUAAAAAGACAGAAAACCAGUAAAAAGGAGUGGAGCUGUCUCCUUCGUACACCGAGGUCUUCAAUUGUCUCUUGUAUUGUCGUUGAUAUCGAUAAUGAGUUGUAAGAUAUAAUGUAUUAUCAACUUCCUACUUUUUGAUUUCAAAUUUUGUGUCAACAGCUGUAUCUACUAAUAGU